GCAGGCUGUAUGUACCGAGUAGUUCAGACGACGGGACCUGAUGGAAAAAACCUUCUGAAAUUACUUCCAAUUUCUAAAUCUUCUGGAAGCUUUGUGCCAAUAGUUCAGUCUUCAGCCAUGCCAAAUAAUCCUAAAGUGAAUAUUUCUAGUCCAGUCCAUCUUACUUUUAAGACACAGCUUACCAAUACUACUGCACCUUCAUCUGUUAAAAUACCUGUUUUUCAGUCUCCUAAUCCUGGAAGGAUUAUUCUUACAAGGACAUUAGACAAACAGGAAAGUCUUAGGGCAGGUUCUGAAAAAGAAAGCUUGAUUCCCAAACCAGCAGCUAACAUCCAGAGCAGUUGUGUUUCAGUUGAUAGACUGUCUUUGCAGAACGUUGCUGUAACAAGUUCAUCUAACCAGAGUAAUACUGCAUACAUGGUGGUAAACACAAAAAGUCUUCCAGCGGCUGCGAAGUCUCCAGUACUGCCCUCUGGCCACCACCUCCAGAUACCAGCUGAUGCAGAAGUGAAAUCUGUCCCAGCUUCCUUUUUACCACCUACAAUACAACAAAAAAUAUUUGCAGCUGCAGCAGCAAAUGCAUCUGGAGGAGCUGACAGUACAAAAAUGCCAAUGGUUAUUUACGUGUCACCAGUGAACACAGUGAAAACAGUACUUCCCAAGCGUUUGCAAGCCAUUUGCCCAAAACCUGCCACAGAAGUUUCACAGACUUUUGUGAUGACAGCUACAGAUAAAGGAAAUAGUUCUUCUUCUGAGACAGUAACAUCUGAUGGCCAGCAAACUCCAAUGAAAUGGAUCGUGCAAGAAAAUCCACAGUUAUCGGCACCUUGCCUUAUUCCUGUAAAGUCAUCAAAUAAUAUGGCUUCCAAGAUCUUGAAAACUCUGUCAGAUGUGAAGAAUGCAGAAGUUAACUGUGCAAAUAUUCCACCACUCUGUUCUAGUGGUCCUGGUGCAAGCCAGACAAAAAUCAUGCCUAUUAAAGAUAAUGCUCUGGUCAUGUACAAUGGGAAAGUCUAUUUGUUGGCCAAAAGAAGCUCUGAUGUUCUGUCAGCCCAAGCUGACAAACAGGCAUCUUCCUCUUCUGAUGCUUCACUUAAAAAGGACACAUCCAAGCUCAUUGAUUCUACUGCAGUCAAUCAAAUAACCAAUAAGGUAGUGAAUCUGGUAUUGUCAAAAAGCAAGGGAAUGGUGCUGUCUCAGAAAUAUCCAGAAACGUGUACAGACUCAAAAAAUGCUUCACCAACUGGCUUAAAAUCUGCACCUGUAGCUCUGGUGACACCAAGUGCUAAUCAGCAGGAUUCCACUGCAAACCAGAGAAAGAGCUUGCCCUUCACUGAGAGCGUUUCAAGUGGAGUGACCCCUGUUACAGCAGUAGGGACACAGGAAAAUGCGUGCCCAAGCGGCAAAGAAGAGAUUCAGUCCCCCAAAGCAGCGAGUGCUGUUUUCCCUCAGUCUGAGCAGGAGUGUGCUUUCAGUGAAGACUGGCAAAAGAUCCAGUGUGAAAAGAUGGAUUCACUGGGAAGGGUUACUCAAAUCAAACACCAAAAGAAGCCACAUUGGAAACAAUACUUGGAAUUAAGGAAAAAAUUUGGCCUCUCUAAGGAGGAGCGAGUGUACCUUAAGAGGAUACCAUUAAGGACCUCCUGUGAGGAACAAGAAGAAAGGAGUUGUUCCAGUAACAGCUUGAAAAGUGAUUCUUGCACUUCAUCAUCUUUAGAUGUGGAAAUAACAAAUGAACAUCUGGAAUGUGUUAAAGAGGAAAAGAUAACUGUGAAUUUGGAAGCGGAGUUGACUAAGAAAAGAAAAAUAAAAUCCUCACCACUGUCAGACAGUGGAAAGAGAAGGAAGACUUCAGUCAAAUCAACCACAAGUCCAAGUUCAGAAAACACCAGCUCCAGUGUAUGUAGCAGCAGUGUUUCACCUCCACCCGUCUUACCGCAGCAAAGUAUUUCCACAGACUGUGUCGUAUCGUCUCUGGGGAGGGACUCAGAGCAGGAUCCGUGCUGUCACCACAGUGACGUUACAGACUCAGGUUUUCCAGAUUUAGUGUCUUGUGCAGGUGAUGCUUCAGUUCUGGAAGGUUCUUUCAGAGAUGAUGCUUUCCCUUUAACUCCCCCAGACUUAGAUGAAACGAUACGGGAUGAAAAAAUAAAACGACUUAAACAGCUUUUAAGAGAACGAGAAGCAGCACUUGAUGAGAUGCGUAGGAAGAUGCAGCAGAGCUGA